CGAGGAUGCGUCACGAGGAUGCGCCCGCGCCCAGGCCCGGCCCCCGCGGCGGCUCUGACGGACGUGGUAAUUCUAGAAGCUAUGGAUAUACUCUUCAGAAUAAGAGGAGGCUUGGAUCUUGCAUUUCAGCUAGCAACUACUGAUGAGGCAUCAACAAAAAAGGCAUUAGGAUAUGUUUUCAGUGAUCUUGCAAACAAAUUGUCCUCAGAGGUUCUUGUAUUAAGAAUUUGCCACAGUUCAGUGUAUGUGUGGCCUAACAAUGGUAUGACCACAGUUCCAGAUCUGACUGAUGAGUCUGCGUGUAAGGAGAUAACACGAUUUAUCCAAUUUGAUCAAGAUGACGAGACCAAACGAAAGCCUGGCAAAAAGAAGGAUAAGAAGUUACCAGAUACGCAGCAGAUAGUCAAUGUAGACCUCAUGUUGGAAAUGACAUCUUCUUUAGCUGCUUUGGCUCCAGUCAUUGAAAGGGAAAAUAAGGAACACCACUACAUAAAUAUGACAUUACCAGUUGAUGUUGUUGUAUCUGUUUCUCCAGAAGAAACGUGGGGAAAGAGGAAUUCUUUUGUGUUAUCUCUUUCUGUGCAGGUUUAUUUAGUACAUGGUGUGUAUAGUUAUCACCACUAUAUGCAGGAUCGGACUGAUGACAGUGGUUGGGGCUGUGCCUAUAGGUCUUUGCAGACAAUCUGCUCUUGGUUCAAGCACCAAGGUUACAUUGACAGACCUAUACCAACACACAAGGAAAUUCAACAGGCACUGGUUGAUGCUGGAGACAAGCCUGCAGCAUUUGUUGGAUCACGGCAAUGGAUUGGUUCAAUUGAGGUACAGCUUGUUCUGAAUCAGCUUUUUGGAAUAACAUCCAAAAUAUUAUUUGUCAGCCAGGGUUCUGAACUAGCAUUGCAGGGAAGAGAGCUUGCUAAUCAUUUCAAGACUGAGGGAACUCCAAUUAUGAUUGGUGGAGGUGUUUUAGCUCACACGAUAUUAGGAGUGGCUUGGAAUGAGAUUACAGGGCAAAUAAAAUAUCUGAUUCUAGACCCGCAUUACACCGGAGGAGAAGAUCUGCAUGUUAUUUUGGAAAAGGGCUGGUGUGGAUGGAAGGGCCCGGAGUUUUGGAACAAGGACGCCUAUUAUAAUCUGUGCCUACCUCAACGACCAAAAGCUAUUUAAAUUCCUCUCUUGUGCUGGAACAUGCUACGCCAGAAUACUAGCUGAUCUAGAUAAAACUGUCCUGUUAUUUAUCAAAAGAAUCUUUAAGUCAAUCAAAACUUGAAAUAGAAAUAGUUGAAA